GGUUCUUGGGCUCAAUGGCAGGGAGGGGGGGCAAAGCGCAGGAAGGCGGCAAGCGCAAGCGCGGAAUGUUUAGCAAAGAAUUGAGGCUCAUGAUGUAUGGAUUUGGAGACGAUAUUUGUCCUCUUCAAGAAUCGGUAGCUCUUAUGGAGGACAUGAUGAUCGAAUAUAUCACUGAUAUGGUUCACAAGGCUCAAGAAGUAUCCUCGAAGAGAGGAAAGCUCACAACAGAAGACGUGAUGUUUCUCGUCCGCAAGGACAUCCGCAAGUAUGCCCGUGUGAAAGAGCUCUUGUCCAUGAACGAGGAACUAAAACGUGCCAGGAAAGUUCUAAACGAGGACCUGGACGAGCAAAAGCUUGCCGCGCUAGAAACCCAGUGAAGAAGGCGACGCUAGCUCGUCGACAAGUAGCAGUAAUUUAUGCGGUAAGUAGCAUACGUCCAGCGAAGAAGACAGUGACAAAAGUAAAAGCAAUUCAAGCUUGACAUAGAUAGGUAGAUGAAUCCGGGUGAUUCAUACAGACGGGGAUAUAGAUUGGUCGACCGAUCCGGAUGGUUGGUUCAUACAGGUGUUCAAAAAGAUCACUCCUUUUGGUCA